AUGGGAUCCGUGCAGCAUGACUUUACGAGGCUGUUCUAUCAGGUCAGCUCCCUGAGAAAAGCUUGGUGGAGGACGAAUGGCCGUUGUACCAGGAACUACUCCUUCUCGCUCCAGACAGGGACAACAAGGAACAACCGGAUACCACUCUCUCGCUGGGAUGUCCAUCCGAGGUCGACCUCGCACAGAGGCGUAGUGGUGUCGUCUCACCGCCAUCAAAGCACGCUCAACGUUCCCAGCUCCGAAGCGUUCCAGUUCAAUGCACCCUCCAGUCGACCUCUCUCCGAUAUAACAAUCGUGGCUCUCGAACAGGUCAUCUCCAUGCCUCUUGCAACUCGCCAUCUUGCUGAUCUCGGCGCUCGAGUCAUCAAGAUCGAGCGUCCAGGGACUGGGGACUUUGUCCGGCACCACGACAAGCGCAUCCGGGGGAAGCUCUGCAGUCACUUUGUAUGGACGAACCGCAACAAGGAGUCCCUCGCGUUGGAUAUCAAGAAACCCCAAGAUAUGGAAGUGCUCCGGAAGCUGGUUUGUGAGAAGGCCGAUGUCUUUGUUCAAAACUUGAGGCCCGGCGACGCUGAGAAGAUGGGCCUGGGUUACGAAGACAUGAAAGCUAUGAUGAACGCCGCGUUUCCCGGCGAGGCGAGGGGCGACAGGUUGAUCUACGCAUCGAUCAGCGGGUAUGGAGGUAACGGUCCCUACGCACACAAGAAGGCGUAUGACCUCCUCGUUCAGGCGGAGGCGGGCUUGUUGAGCAUCACAGGCACCAAGGAUGAGAUGGCCAAGGUGGGAUGCUCGAUAGCGGAUAUCGCCGCGGGAAUCUAUGCGUACAGCAGUAUUCUGGGAGCGAUCAUUCAAAGACAGAAGACUGGGAGGGGAUGUGUGAUUGACGUGUCCAUGCUCGAGUCGCUGGUCGAGUGGAUGGGAUUCCCCCUGUACUACGCGUUUGAAGGCCAGACAGCCCCCAAGCGAGCUGGAGCUGCUCAUGCGAGUAUCUAUCCCUAUGGCCCAUUCUCAACCGGAAUCUCCCCUGAUGGCAGCCUGAGCGCCCAGGUCAUGCUUGGCGUGCAGAACGAGCGGGAGUGGAAGAUCCUGGCAGCGGAUGUCCUCGAGCGCGAGGACCUGACCACCAAUCCCAAGUUCAAAGACACGGCCUCGCGGAGUGACAAUCGCGCCGAACUCGAGGCCAUCAUCAGCGGCAUCUUCGCCUCGUGGGGCGGCGGCGCCGACGAGGUCGUCAGACGGCUCGAGAAGGCCGGCAUCGCCAACGCAAAAGUCAACGACAUGCAAGGGGUAUGGGAGCACGAGCAGCUCGCGGCGCGCAGACGCUUCGGGCAGGUUGACACUGAGGUUGGCCCGAUCCCAGCCUUCUUGCCACCGGGGAUGAGCGCCGAUGUGGACGCAAGGAUGGACCCGAUCCCCGCGGUGGGAGAGCACAAUGACAAGAUCUUGAGGGAGCUUAGCUUUUCCAAGGCAAAGGUGUAA